AUCUCAGCGAAGAAGUACUCGGCGAAAACAUGGAGUCGCUUGUGUUUACGACGAUGCAACUUCCACCCUGACACGGAUCCCUGCGAGAAGAAACGAACGACGACGGCGUCUCAGUGCAGCUUGCGAAGAGGGCCAGGAUCGGGUCGGAGGCGAUGGAAUUUGGUGUAGCCCGACGGGUGCCGUACCCGCCGCCGAGGAGGGUGUCCUCGGACUACCGCGGGGCUAGUGUUAGCGCGCAAGAUGGCGAGUGCGCGAGUGCGCUCGUUCCGACCCACGGAAAGCCUCUUCCCAGCGGAGUUGAGGCUCCUCCAGGCGCCAGUGGUGGCCCGGGAGCACAGUCGUCCGUCCGGCGAUCGUCACUGGUUGUCCACCAGAGGCACAUGCCGAAGGAGCCCGACAAAUUCCAAAUCCCCAAGAAGGAGAAGAAAGCUCUGUUGAAGCAUAUCUCCAGUGAGUCACGGGAAUACGAGGGCGUGAAGAGCAUCCUGACGGCAGGCCACGUGGACACGGCCUCGGCAGCCUGCUUCACCUACAGCGGCAUGCGACUGGUCCACAGCGAGCAGCUGGAGAAGGAGUUUGUAGAGAAGAGGAGGGAGAUGAAGGCGGAGGGCCGUGUAGAUAAGGAGCUGGAGGAGAGUUACUGUUUCCUCUUGACCGACGAGGCCAAGGUUCCAUUGCUGUGCGAGAAAGGCCUGAUUGUGGGUCAAAACUGGCAGUCGGGCCUGGGAGACCCCAAUAAAGGGGUCUAUUUGUGCAGGUAUUCAGAUUUAAUUCAGGUUCAUCCGUUCCACCACGGAGCCUCGGGUCAGAUCAUCGUCUUCAAAGUGAUGAAGGGCAAAGUGAAGAGCAUCUACGAGAACAUCAAGAACGUGCUGGACCCCACGCCACGCUUCGACAGCCACCUGUCCAAGAAUGUCAGCAAGGUCACGUCAGUCAGCUCCUACCGCGCCUUCGAGUACACCCAACAUUACUUUUACGAGUACGACUUUGACGAGCUGAAAAAGCGCCCCCGCCAGGUGUGCCCGUACGCUGUGGUCUCCUUCCACUACAAAGGCAAAGACUCACCACUUCCCAGCAUGCCUUUGGCCCCUGUCAGGACAAACAGCUGGCCAGGAGCGGCCAGUAAAGAGUCGGUGCAGUUCACCGUGUGGAGUGGCGACCUGGUGCACAACGGCAAGAUGGUCUUUCCCGUCUCCCUGCGCUCCUCGUCGCUGGCCUUCCUCCCACACAAACUACCCGACAGGCUAAAGUUGGGACGCUUGAUGAGGCUGGACGAGGUGGUCAAGCUGCUCCUGCCUGAGCUCUUCUCCUACAACCUCUAUGGCAGCAGCAACAAGGAAGUCGUGAUGCGGGGGCAUCAUUGCAGCCUGCUGGAGGUGGUGGACCGAAGUCGCUCCAGCAACAACAUGAGCAGGCUGCUGCAGGAGUUGGAGGACAAGGGAGUGGUUUUGGUGAGCACACUGACUGAGCGAGGCUUCCUCUUCUUGCUGUCCAGCGCUCAGAUGGUCACACCCUCCGAGAGAGGGGAGAGUUGGAAGCGACGUCUCCAGGCCUUGUUCGUCUUCCCUGAGAGCAGAGAUGUGCACAAAUCCACAUCCAGCUGUGCCACCCCCUGCCGCAACCUCAGCAACGGCGGAAUAGCAGGACUGACGCACUUCAUCCCGGCGCUGCAUCACGCCCUGGUCAAGAGCCACACCCACCCCGCCUCAGAGCUCUCCACCGGCGUGGAGCUGCAAGCGCAAGAGUACCUGGUCGGCCAGAAGGACGGCAAGGUGCCAAUGUACCGCAUGGGCGAGUACGACGUCAAAGCGGAGGAGGAGGCUGCUGCCUCUCCGGCGCACAAACGUCACCGGCUCAGCACGGACGGCUACAUGCGCCCGUACCUUCACAAUCCGGCCCGCUACCAGCUGGCGGCGACUCAUGCCUCCAAGAUGGUGGAGCUCCAUUGCACGCGCUUGGAGCUUCCGGAGCCCAGGCCCAGGAAGGGGCAAGAGCCAGCCGGCAGCAACACCCACAAGUUGCGGCAACUGAUGGACUUGGUGAUGACCUGCAAGAGGAACGCCGAGAACGAGGUGAAGCGAGCGGAGGUGCGAGGAGAGCCCAAAUCAAUGGCGGGAAAGCGAAGGAUGGCGCAAAGGGUGGCCGAGCGAGCGCUCAAGUACUUGAAGGCCUCACAUGAGACGUCGGAAUGGGAGAAGAGUCCGGUGGAGGGCAGGCAAACCGCAGCACUCCCCGGCUCGCUCGCCUUCGCCAUCGAGUCGGUGGGUCUGGCUGGCGUGGCCGUGCAGGAGGACGGAUCCGAGCUCGCUGGCAGACUUCGCAAACUGCUGACAGGUCUCAAGCAGGCUGCCAGAGUUGCACCGCAAAGAACCCAUAGCGGCAACGGUUGCGAGGAAGGCCCGGCCGAGUCGUCGCCCUUCGAGCGGCUGGCCGCCAAAAUGGGUCUGCCCGCCAACCGUGACAUCGACCUGAGGAAGCAGGACGAGCUGGAGGAGCAGAUGGCGGGCAGCGUGAGUAGUCUGGAGGGAUUCAGUCCCGGCGGCGAGGGUUACCAUCACGAUCCGCGAGGAGGAAGCGGCGUGGGGAAGAGACCGCACGACGAGGACAUCCCGUGGAGACUCAUCCCCAUCACAGAUCUGCGUUCCGAGAAGAAUGCGUGGAGGGAGCAGAACCCCCCCCAGGACCCUCGCCUCCAUGCCGCCAUGGCACCCCUGCCGGAGCAAGCGCCCUCGCCCAGCCCCAUCUCAUCCCCCGGGGCCAGUCCCCCUCGGAGCCCGUGCCCUGAGCCCAGUCCCGCUCCCUCGCCUGAGCCCAGCCCCCCUGCCUCGCCCGGCUGCUGCCCUUCCCCUGAGCCCCCAGAAGCCCGCCGUCCCCCUUCUCCCGCCGGGUUCUCGUCCAUCCUGUCCUCGCCCGACCUGCGUCAGGCAUCGCUGCCUCGAGAGCAAAGAAGCCAUGGGGACGACCAGCAGCAGGUUGCUCCCCCUGGCUCCAGGGAGUGCAAAGCUGAUGCGUCGAGUGAAGUCUCAAGUGACACGUUGGCACGGAACAACAUAACUGCAGAAGGCAACACCGACGGCAGAGAAGAUCAAGAGCCCUCCGCACAGGCUUCUGCAGAAGUGAAGAAGGACGCCACGGACGUGGUCGACUUGACCAUGUCUUCGGAGGAGGAUGAGUGCGCCGUGCUUUUGGUCUCCUCGCCCCCCGAUCUUCGAGGCAUCGACGCCAUCCUGGACAAUCACCUGGGCCACUUCUCGACCGACUUGCAUCUCCUCUUGCGGGAGGAGAGCAUCAACUGCAGACUCCCCGAAACGCCGCCUUGCCGUCCGCCCGAGGCGCCGAGCGCCGCCCCGCCGCUGGUAAGGCCCUUUUCCCAGUACGUGUCGCCGUACCACCUGUGUCCGCCGGUCCAGGGCUAUGUCAGCUCGCUGCAGGAGGGCUUCAGCAGCAUGUUGCGGGACUACCGUGAUCACCUAGCAAGCCACGAGCCCGAGUCUGCGCUCGCCAGCACCGUCAGCGCCUUCGUGUCCAGCAUCAGGGCCGGAACCGACGAAGACGGAACGGAACAAACCGAGGCAGCGAGAGAAAAUGAAGCAGGGCGACCGACGUUGCCCGCUGGACAGCUUUCGGACCCUCCGCCUCACGCUGCCCCUCGACCCCCCUCGGUUGACUUGCACACGAACCACCAAGCAUCACCCGCUCAGUCCACGCAAUCCAACUGCGUCUCCACGUCUUCGGAACUGCCGAUGUCCGGCGUGGAGCCUGGCCCGGAUGCCCUCUUCCUCCCGCCGGCAGAGGCGCUGAGCAGCGUCAUCCGGCAGCUGAGGCCCGAGGUGCUCAGCAACCUGUGUGACAUCAUUAAGGAUGUUCAGAGGAGCUCUGUGAUGCAGUUCUACGUGCACGCCGUCCAGCCGGACGACCAGCUGGUCAGGGACGUCAAGGAGUACCUCACGCAGCAGGGGCACACGGAGCAAGAUCCCGUUUCCUUCUUGAAACAAGAAUUCUCCGAUGGCAAACUUCUGGUCGUCAUCAAGAAGGAAGACAUAGCCGAGCACCUUCACGAGAUUCCGGGACUGCUUUCGCUCAAGCAGCACCGGUCGGUGGUCUUCUUAGGCAUCGACACAGUGGAGGACAUCAGGACGAACGCGUGCGAGGAGCUGUUAGCAGGCGGCGGCUGCGUCCUGUCCGAAGACUUCGUCCUCAAUCCCGACCUGGUCACUUCCGAUCAACUGGAGGCCCUAUUGGCGCUCCUGUGGCAACGCAACUCUCCGGAAAAUGUUUGGAGGUGGAAGAUUCACAGCAGACCCCUCAAGAAACUGAAAGAACAGGCCAGGUUCCGGAGCGACGCCGCCGCUCUGCUGGGUGUGGUCAUGGAGCACCACCAGCGGAAGAUCGUGGAGUUCCUGCCGCAGCAUCACUGCGACGAUAAACCGGCGCCGCCCAACCUCCACUGUCUCAUCCAACAUCAAGCCCGUCACACCUGCUUCAGACACACCAUCUUCCUCAAAGUGCAUAGUUUGGACUUUAUGCAGUUCUCCAAGAGUGGCAUCAUCGCAGCCGGCAUGGAUGAGAUGUUGCACAGUUUCGACGCGCUACUCGGCCAACACAACAACAAGCCGACUGUCGCCGAGGACCCGCAGGCGGACAAAGGUAUAGCCAGGAAGUUGAGUGUCGACGACGACACGAAUGGCGGCGGCACAGAGCAGCAGGCCCGCCACCCCGACCCGAGCCUCACCGACGCCUCGGAGCAGCACGUUUUGGAAGCUUCGCUGGCGGAAAGUGAGACCCAUCACUCGGAAAAAGACCUUGAAAUGCUGCACAUGGCCAUCUCGCAGCUGCGAGCGCAGAUGCACCAGAAACCGGGUUCUGACGCCGAGAGCGGAGCCUCGCCGGCACGGCCGGCAGUGCCACCGGCCAAUGAGAAGACGGCUGCAGAUUCCACUGAUGACAGAAGAGAGGAGGAGGCGGCGACGGCGGGGUCUUCAAGUUCCAAAGAAGCAGAUGACCGAGUCACCUCCAGCACAACUGCCUGUCCUGUGGAGGGCGACGCUAUUGAACGCAGAGUGUCUGAUCCAAACCGGUCGCGAAAGCAGGACAGGGACUUGCGCCCUCGCCAGAGUUCGUCCCAUGCCCCUUCCACUUUCAGCCAACAACAGCAAAGGUGGAUGGGUGCCAACCACUACCAGAACCACCAUUACCAAAACUACCAGAACCAACAUCAGCAGCAUCCCCAACACUCCAAUUUAUGUUCAAACCCGUACAGGUACCCCACGUGGGGCUUUCCGGGACAACAAGGGGCGUACGGUGGUGGGUAUUGGGACUGGCAGCGAGGAGGAGGGGGCUUCAAUGGCAUGUAAGACCCCUGAAGCAGGGCUGUCCAAACCUGGUCAUCGAGGUCUGCUGUCAUGCCUGGUUUCGAGGUUUCCAGAUGAUCACGCUCGUUAUCAAGUUUCUUCAGAGCUUGCUGAGACAUUUGAAUCGGGUGUGUCGGAAUGGGGGGGACCAUGUAAAAUGUGCAGAAGGGGACCAAAGUUGGACAUCCCUGCCCUCAACUAAACUACUUUCUUCUCAUCGCCCCAGAACUUGUGACAAUUAACAAACCAGGCAGGUGUUGACCUGUUCUGGCUGCAGGGGGCGCUGC